AUGGAUGCUAACACGCUUACCGUCCCUUCGCCGGCAGAUUUCCACGUACACCUCCGGCAAGGACCUAUGAGUGAGCUGGUGACGCCCCAUGUGGCACUGGGCGGCAUGCAUCUCGCCUAUGUGAUGCCGAAUGUGACUCCCCCGCUCACAUCGGCGGAGCAGACUGUCGAGUACAUCGCGCAGCUUCAAAAGCAUGCACCCCAUACCCGCUUUCUUGGAACGAUGUAUUUGUCACCGAGCAUCACGCCAGACGAAAUCCGACGCGCUGCAGCGGCAGGCGUGCGUGGCGUCAAGAGUUAUCCACGGGGCGUAACGACCAAUAGUGAUGGCGGGAUUGAAAAUUACGAAGUGUACUAUCCGGUAUUUGAGGCUAUGCAAGAGUGCCAUAUGGUGCUCAACUUGCACGGCGAGAUCCCCAGUGAUCCAGAGUCAGGCGUCUGUGUGUUGAAUGCAGAACCAUUGUUUUUGGCCCACCUGGAAAAAAUUCAUGCAAACUUUCCCAAGCUACGUAUCGUACUGGAGCACGCUACGACGCGCGCUGCCGUCGAGUGCGUAAAAAGAUGCGGUGAUACUGUCGCAUGCACCAUUACGCCGCACCACUUGCAGUUGAUCGUAGACGAUUGGGCUGGGAAGCCCCUGCAUUUCUGCAAACCUGUUGCGAAGACGCCAGAUGAUCGCGCAGCGCUCCGUGACGUCAUCCGCGAAGGGCACCCACGCUUUUUCCUCGGCUCGGAUUCUGCACCGCACCCGAUUGCUUCCAAGUACCCAUCGCCAGCGAGUCGCAACAACUCGACAGCUGAAUUUGUGCACCAAUGCGGAUGUGCAGCCGGUGUGUACACGUCGGCGGUCCUUCUUCCAUUGUGUGCGACUCUCCUAGAAUCAUUUGGUGCAUUGGACAAGCUUGCUGGCUAUGUAAGUGAGCAUGGCCGUCGCUUCUACAACGAGCCUGCUGAGCCAGGUCGAGUCGUUAAGCUGCGCCGUACCACACCCGAUGACAAGCCUGUACCGGCCUCGUACGUCCAUGCAUCAUGCCUAGGGAAGGACGACGGCGACCCUACGAAACUGCAGGUGUCACCAUUCUAUGGAGGCCAACGGCUUGCAUGGGCCAUUGUAGAGUAA